GGAAACGCGGUGGUGCGAGAGCUCGGGCUGCCCUUGGCAUUGCCGACGAGGAACAAUCUUCCGCAGGCGUGGAGAAGGACGCGGAUGGCGAAAGUGGCGAAGGUGAAAAUGAUCGACGCACGGAGACCGUCCCGAAGUCUGGACGCGCAUCAAAAAAGUCCAAGAAGUGAAAAGAAGCCUCCAUGCUGACAGGAAAAUGAUACUUGAUCGACCUUGAGCAACUGCUGUUCGAUUCUUUAUCAAACGAAUAAAGAAGCGUCUACAUUGGGCCCAGUAGAUUCGGAUACGCUGGUGCGCACGGAGCAUCACCAGAGCUGCACACCAAAACUGGGGGAGAUGACAGACUGCACUGAUCCGACGAGCGGAAGCAGAACUGUUUUAGACCCGGAUCUCAUGAAAGAAGAAAGUCUCCUGCAGCGACGAAUGCACAAGCACGUCUCCAUGAGGUGUUGGCACGACUGGUGGCAGCACGAACUCUCGAAUAUGCCCUACCCUAGCUCCUGGAGGUAUACCUUUCUGCAAAAGGAGCACGAGUGGCCGGACAUCCAUCACGCACUGCCAUCUUCAAUCUCAUCGGAAUCACAGACUCCCUGGGUUCCUGGUGGUGCCGCAAAAAGAACAAAUAACGUUGUCCGUGAAGCCGGGCCACUCUGUACUCCUUACUGCGAGCCAGUAUCAGCAUCUAGAUGCCAUACACAUCCGUAGUCGAUCUGCCGGAAGACGAAAAGACCUGCCUACUACUUACUAUACACCCAAAAGGGUAGGUAGCGAGCGAGAAACACCACGAGGAUACAUCCACACGACACUUAAAAAAGUGAAGAGAGGGAAGAGAUGGGAAGAUCCACGGGAUUGAAUAAUUGGAUGUUGUGCAUCACAAAUAAGGUAUAUGUACCUGGUACCUUGGGUACCUUAUGUAUCUUACUGUGCGACAAACAGGGUAUCAUUGAACAAGACAGGUACAUACCUGUGCUUACUUUUUAUUUCC